CUCUCUCCAUGUGCCGCCUGCUCACACAGACACGAAUCCUCUCACUGAGCGUCCAAAUUAAACAGGGACCUCCGCGUUUCACUUGAUUAUUCUCAGCUGUCUUCACUCCGACAACAUAUACCGGAAGUGCAACAGCAAACCCCGCGGCUCUGCUCGCGUUCCGCGGACGUGAAAAAUCAUCGCUUUGCUUGUUUCUUUUGUUAUUUUGAAGCACUGGAAGUAUUCUUUGCCAACACGAGGACGUCUUUCUAUUGCCUCGCGGAGAAGAGCACCCUCGACUUUAGUAGACAUGUGUGUGAGACGGGACUGUCGAUUCAAGAGCCUGUUGGCGGUUUUGAUUCUUGCUGCUGCUGUGGUUGAAAUCCAUGGACAAGGGCCAAAGGAAAUUAAUGGCAUCAGCAGAAGGACACUUGACCCAGACAGGGAAGCACCAACAAUAGACACAGAGAGCGAGAUCCAUGUUGUCACAACGGCCUUGCCGAUGAACGUUCCCAAUCACCAGCCUGUCCUCAAGGGGCUACUGCUUCAUGAGCACCUACUUACAAGGGACUUCGAGGGCGAGCAGCAAUUUUUUGGGAGGGAUGGCUCUGUGGCGGCUUAUUCCACCAUGCCAGGAGAUACUGUGACUCAGCUAGUACCCCAUGAGGAAGCCCCAGCCUUCUCAGACAUUGCCUCUACCGCCACCGCGGCUGCCACCUCCCCCUUGACCACAUUUUCCCCAACAACACCAAGGCCCAUGUCUCUGCCUUAUAAGACGUCCUCUAGAGAGAAGACCAGUGGCGAAGACAAGGUAGUGCCAACAACAGACUCCCUUACCACCCAAGUGACACUACACAAUAGAGGUUCAGGUAGUGACAACAACCCAGCAGCUUCUUUGUUGUCGCAGAGAGGUAGGCCUCAAAGUUUGAGUGCGAUUCCUGCCGAGCCAACUCUUGCUCCGUCAUCUAUGAGAAUGGAGAAAUUAGAACCCAGGGAAACAGCACUGAAAGAUAAAACCAGCCCUGAUCAUCCACCAUCUCAUAAGACGUCGGUAUCCAAAGAUGAAUUUACCACCAGGACGUCCACAACUGUUAUCACUACUACCACCAUCACCACCAUGCAAACAACAGAGCCAUGCAGUCUGAAUUUCACUGACCCUGAGGGUAACAUCGAAAUCCUGCAGCAGCUUGACUCUGGAGUGGAGUGUAACUACCUGGUUACUGUCUACCUGGGAUAUGGCAUUGAGGUUCAGGUACUAAAUGUGAGUGUGAUGGAAGGCGAGCAGGUGACAGUGGAGGACACGGGUGGCCGAGAACCAUUCAUCCUCGCCAAUGAGUCGGUCUUGUUGAGGGGCCUUGUGUUACGCAGUCGGAGCAACCAGAUCUCCAUACAAUUCCGUAGUGAGCAACAACACAACUCUGGAUUCCUCCAUCUGCAUUACCAAGCUUUCGUGCUGAGCUGUUCAUUCCCCAAAGAACCUGCCGGUGGAGAAGUUUCUGUGACACAUCUCCACGCCGGUGGUGAAGCCUUCUUCAACUGUUUCACCGGCUACAAGCUGCAAGGCCCCAAAAUGCUCACCUGCCGCAAUGCAACCACACCUUACUGGAGUGGAAAGGAGCCCCGAUGUGUGGCAUCCUGUGGGGGAAUGAUAAAAAACGCCACCUAUGGUCGCAUCGUCUCCCCUGGUUUCCCUGGCAACUACAGCAACAAUCUGACAUGCCACUGGGUCCUGGAGGCCCCUGAAGGCCACCGGCUUCACGUUCACUUUGAGAAGGUGGCUCUGGCAGAAGACGAUGACAGGCUGCUGAUAAAGAAUGGAAACAACAUAGACUCUCCUCCUGUGUACGACUCCUUCGAAGUGGAGUAUCUACCUAAUGAAGGUGUUCUCAGCACUGGACGCUACCUCUUCAUAGAGUUCACCACAGACGGGACAGUGACCUCCACUGGAGCAGCCGUCAGAUAUGAAGCUUUUGCAAAAGGAAUGUGCUACGAGCCCUUUGUGAAGUACGGCAACUUCAGCAGCAGUGACUCCACCUACGGCGUGGGCGCUGUGGUUGAAUUCUCCUGUGACCCUGGCUACACACUGGAGCAGGGCUCCGUGGUGAUAGAGUGUGUGGACGCACAAAACCCCCAGUGGAAUGAGACGGAGCCGGCCUGCAGGGCUGUUUGCAGCGGCGAGAUCACAGACUCUGCUGGCGUGGUGUUGUCUCCUAAUUGGCCCGAGGCUUAUGACAAAGGACAGGACUGCAUCUGGGGCAUCCAUGUGGAAGAGGACAAGAGGAUCAUGCUUGACAUCCAAGUUCUCCAUAUUGGCAAGAACGACCUCCUGACCUUCUAUGAUGGAGAUGACCUGACAGCCAACAUCUUGGGCCAAUACAGCGGCACCAAGCCACACUUCAAGCUGUACACCUCCAUGGCUGAUGUCACCAUUCAGUUUCAGUCAGAUCCUGCGACAAACAUUUACGGCUACAACAAUGGAUUCGUGGUCCAUUUCUUUGAGGUUCCCCGGAAUGACACCUGCCCAGAGCUACCUGAGAUCACAAAUGGCUGGAAAAGCACGUCCCAUCCUGACCUCAUCCAUGGCACCGUCAUCACUUACCAGUGCUACCCUGGGUACGAGCUGGUUGGCUCUGAGAUCCUUAUGUGUCAGUGGGAUCUUUCAUGGAGCGGUGAUGUCCCGAAAUGCCAGGAAGUUAUGACGUGUCACGACCCUGGAAAUGUGGAGCACAGCCAUAAGGUGAUCACUGGAAGCCGCUUUGCUGUUGGGUCUUCGGUGCAGUACAUCUGUAAUAAAGGCUACAUCCUGUCCGGCAGCAGCCUGCUCACCUGCUAUAACCGAGAUUCAGCAACACCCAAGUGGAACGAGAGGCUGCCCAAAUGUGUCCCUGAAAAGUAUGAACCAUGCAGGAACCCUGGCGCUGCCUCCACCAGUGUGCAGAGCUCUGAAAAGGCCUUUUACCAAGCAGGAGAGAUGCUGACCUUCUCCUGCCACUCGGGCUAUGAGCUGCAGGGUGAGGCCACCAUCUACUGCAUCCCUGGACACCCAUCACAGUGGAACAGCACUCCACCUGCCUGCAGAACAGCGUCCACCCAAGUUGUGAAUGAACGCAGACUGGAUGUUGUUAACAUGGAUUACGGUAUGGAGGGAACCAAUAUUGCCCUUGCAGUUUUCAUCCCGACUGCAAUUGUCUUGGUGGUCAUCCUCAGCAUUUAUGUCUACUUUGCAAAACUACAAGGGAAGUCCAUCAGAAUGCCAACAUCCUCACCACCGUAUGACAACAUGACAGAGGAGUCAGCUUUCGACAACCCUAUAUACGAGAGCGGACAUUGGCAGUCCAAUUCUAGAAAUUAAACCCUGUCAGUCCAGCUUGGAUGUACCACUGAAGAAAUAAGAGGACAAAUGAAAAAGAUAAAGAGGUAUCCAUUUAGAGACCUUAAAGCAAGAAUUGCUCAAGCUUUGCCUUUUGGGACUCUCUCUGCACUGCUCAUCUUUCCCUUCCUCUUUUUUUGUUCUGAAAUGACAUUUUUUUCUUUUCUUCCCCUCUGUGUGGAUUACUGUACAUAUGUCUUUCUUUCCACAAUCUAACCUGUGAAUUUGUGGAUCACCAUGGUGAUAUUUUUAUAAAGUAAACUGCUGACGACCGUUGGUGAUUGUAUGUUUUUCAGUAUUUUUUGAUGCCCUACGCCUGUAGCAAAUAGAGACUGAAGGGAAUUGGUGCGUAGACUGUUGUGAUCUGUUGGACACAAAUUCCCCCACCACUCUUUGGAAAAUUUCCAUUGUUAUUUUUGUUUCUAUUGUGUGUAUGGGCCUGCUCUUUGUAAAUAAACUGCCUGUCCAACAUGAGUGCCUCACGACUGACUAUAACCUGAGAAAUCACUUGUGAAAAUGUAAAACUCAAUCUUUUAGUUGGAUAUUAUUUUGUAUUUUCAGGCUUGACUUUCUUAACACUCAGCACUGUUCAGUCUGAUCCAUUGCACAGUUUCUCAUCAAGAUGUUUUCCUACCAGCUGAAGUGGGAUUCCAACUGCUUACAGCCUCUGGGGAUUUUACAGAUACGUGUUUUCAUAUGUGACUCAUCAGCUAUGCACAAUUGUCUUUUUAAUGUUACACUGUAAAAGGUCUGCCUCAAACGAAGUAGCGACUUAUUCAUUUAUGUAUGUUCAAAAUUAUUGUUGCAACUCAGUUUGUGCAGACCCUGGGAUAAAAACCCAAUGACACCAUACAAUAAGCUCACAAUUUGGCUCUGUUGCUAAUGCAGGCUGUUCAGUCAAAGAUGGGACAUUUCCUACAAUGAAAAGUGUAAAAGAGUGCAAAAUAGAUCUCUAUUGAACAGAUGGGUUUUUAUGUACGGUUGCAUUGCUGUGGUUUAUCUGACUGUUUCAAAUUUGUAGAUAGUUCUCAUAUACUUUUGUGCAUAUGCUUUAUAUUUUAACAAAUACUUCUUUCAGCAUCACAGCUGUUCCAACCACACACAGAAAACCAAAUCACAUUUAAAUAUAUAUAAUCCUCUGAUUAAUAAUAAAAUAAAUUGUUGUUUAAAGUAUUGGUAUUGACUCAUUGAUAAGUAAUUUAAUUCAUUUGCUUGUGUCAUUAAAAACUUAUAACAAAGAGUCAUCCAGUAUAAACAGUGGAUCAUAUAAUAUGAAUGACCUUUUCAGGUAAGUGUUUGACAAUGUGCUAAAUGUUUACAUUGGCUUGGAUUUAGUGGAUUUGGGAAAGCCAACCCCUUAUAUGAAAGAUGCUUGACAUAUCACGGUUGGACAUUUACAGAUUUAUAUGAUUUAAUCAAAGACUGUACAAAAUAUGGACGUAGUAUCUGUGACGUCAGCCAUCUGUUCCUGAGCGCUGUUUUGAAGCCAAUCAACGGCAGCAGCCAUAUUGGUUUGCGGAACUCAACCAGGCAUAGGGUGCUUCUCAAAGCUCUGAACUGAAGUCUCCUCGCUCCUCACUCCUCGGCCGAACCGGAAGUACUUACUGACGCGCCAUUUUAACGUGCGUCCCAAAGCUCUAAACGCUGCUGGAGGAGAGAGGAGUGAGGAGCGAGGAGACUGAUCCGAGGACGGAUAAUCGAGGAAACACGAGAGCAGACUUUACAGAAGUCUUUUCUCUGACAGACACGCCCCCUUACCGGAUAUCACUCACCGAUUGGACGCUGCAGCGGCUCGGACUUAACCGAAACUUAACAUCAGCUGAGUUUAAUAACAAAGAAAAGAUGGACCUUAAAACAGUCACUAAGGGUGCCCUGAAACAGAUCAUAAACAGCCGUCGGUUUCUAAACAGUCUGUAUGUGAUGAGCUGAGAUUAAAACGUGUUUGAUGUGAGUUUUAAAAACAAUAUACUGAUCGCAAAAUCAUAAAUUCAACAUUACAGAGGAUGGAUUAUGUUAUAUCUGAUUGUGUUUGUCAGAUUCACUGUCUAAUGAAAUAGAGUAAUAGAGUCUAAUAUCAUAGAUAGAAUAUAUAUCAAUGAUCAGUUAUUCCUCCUGUUAGUUUCCCCGUUUGUUCUGGUUUUCUUCAUGAAGAGAAGUCUGACAGUAAAGUUUGUCUGUUAGUAAAAACACUUUUUCCUGUCAGGUUAAUAAAGUUUUAUAUGAGGCUG